AUGGUAGCAAGGUGUCAAAAGGAGUGGUAAUGGCACUCCGGUAAAUUACAGAGCAAUCUCCAUAGGUCUGAUCUCCAGUCAGUAAUCUCUGCCGCGGGUCACAUAAUCUCACGGUGAAGUGAAUUUAUUGUACGCACAGCAGGCACACCGGGGGGAUCUCACACCUGUUAAAUGUCUCAUUCAUAUUAAUCUCUAUCUCUAGGGAUGAAAUCUUUACAGACGAUACCGUAUGGUCUUUGGAGGAGAACACGUGAGCUGAUAGGUCUCUGGCAGAUAUGCAGUCACUCAGCAAGCAAAGCCCUUCCUGCCUGCAGCCCCUGAAAUACCUCCUACACCUCUGCCGGCUUCCAGAUCUCUCAGACUUCUUCUCCAACGCCAGCCCCCCUGAGCAUUCACACAGGACAAGGAAGCCAUCAGAUGGGUUUUGGAAUUUGAAAACGCCUCUGGUCUUAUUAACCGCAGACUGGCAUGACUACUUAACAAGUACCAAACCAGGCAGCAAUUGCAUGAACAGGUGGGCAUUGCAGGUAAAGGGAUGCAGAAGGACUAAGAGUGACCAAGUAGGAAGCACCCACUGUGGUGAAGACAUGGAGUGAUUUGUGGCAGAGAAAUGUUCUUCUAGUGCCAGCCAGGCAGUCAGAGGAGCCGGCUUCAGGAUGGCAGAGGAGACACUGGCGCUCAACAAUCUCACUUGGUUCUCAGAAGUGCCAAAUGCCACCAUAGACACGUCUCACCCCUUGGGUGUGGACACCAACUUGUCGUCAAAAGUGUUCAUCACUGUUCUUUACAUCCUCAUCUUCUUGGUGGGCACCAUAGGGAACGUGCUGACCAUCCAGCUGGUGCUGAAGAAGUGCAGCCUGCAGAGCUUACAGGGCACAGUGCACUACCACCUGGUGAGCCUGGCACUGUCCGACAUCCUCAUCCUGGUGAUCAGUAUUCCCAUAGAGCUUUAUAACUUCAUCUGGUUCCAUUACCCCUGGGUAUUUGGGGACGCUGUGUGCAGGAGUUACUAUUUCCUACGUGAUAUCUGCUCCUAUGCCACCGUGCUGAACAUCGCCAGCCUGAGCUGCGAACGGUACCUGGCCAUCUGUCAUCCCAUGAAGGCCAAGAUGAUCAUGUCCAGGAGGAGGACCAAGAAGAUUAUCUCCGUCAUAUGGGUCUCAUCUAUAGUAUUUGCCCUGCCCAUGGCUUUUAUCAUGGGAGUAAGGUACCAGAACAUAACCCCGGAAGGAGAGCCUGACCCCUCUUCUCUAGUGUGUACCAGUUUGGUGUCCAAUGCCACUCUGAAGAUCUUUAUACAGGUCAAUGUAUUCGUGUCAUUCGUCCUUCCAGUGACCUUGAUUGGUGGACUGAACUGCAUCACCGUGAGUCAACUUGAGUUGUUACGUUCCCGUUCAGUUUUGAUGCUGAACUCUUCUUGCAAGAGUCACAAAGCUUCCAAAGUAGGAGAUGAGUCGCAAAGUCCUGUGUCUUCUUCCACUGGUCUGUCAAAGAUAAGUGCUGGAAGAACAAGCGGGAAGAAGAACCUGACUGUGUCCAGUGAACCCAACCGCAUACAGGCUCUACAGCACAGCAUCUACAUGCUCAGAGCGAUCGUAAUUGCCUACUUUAUAUGCUGGUUACCUUACCACGCCAGAAGACUGAUGUUCUGCUACAUCCCGGAUGAUGAAUGGUCUGGGUUCCUGUACACAUUCUACCACUAUUUCUACAUGCUGACUAACACGUUGUUCUACGUCAGCUCUGCUGUGAACCCAGUGCUCUACAACAUGGUCUCUUCUUCAUUCCGACAGCUGUUCAUGGAGACUAUAUAUGCCUGUCCUGCAGUAAAAGCAGCAUAAAUCUCUCCUUCAAAGACAUCACAAGCAUAUGGAUCUUUUUAUAAACUUCAACGACUUCUGUAUGAAAAUACAGGACAAUAUGAUCAUUAAUCCAUGAAGAUACAUGAAGAUCGCCCAGGGGGUUAAAUUCUCUUGAAACUGUAUUAUUAUGUAUUAUAUUAUUGUUUUAAUCACUUCUUUUAUGUAGCUGUCUUAACCUUCCUCUCAAAGGUACACUGAAGUCACGGGGUCAAAGUAUAUUUAUGGUACACUACAGCAUUUGUGGAUUUUACUGUCAGAGAAGCCCCAUUAUAUUUGUUCACCAGUCCAUCCAGUGGCAUAUCUGUCAUGGUGGGGAGCAAUGUGCCUUGAACUCGCCCAUCCCACUGUUCCUACCUACUUGCACGAUCUGCCCUAGACAGCGGCAUACAACUGGUCGGCAGUCCUUUCCUGAAUAAGUGCAGGGGUCUAUACGGGAGGGAAAACCAGGAGGAAAAUAAUAAACUAGUGACAGAUCGGCAGCCACAAAGACGGAAACAGACAAGCCAGGUCAGACAAAGAGACAAAAUUAAAAAGAGCCAGGAACCGUAAAUCAGAGUCAGAACCAUGCCAAAGUCAAUACCAGGAGAACAGACAGGGGAAACCAGAAUUAGACAAAUCAGAUACAACACCAAGCCAGGAAGAAAUGUCAGGGUCCAAAUCAUCAGGCAAAGGUCAAGGUCACGGACUUAAUCAGAGAUCUAGAAUCCAGUAGACAGAAUACUCAGAAGAAGGCUUGUCGAGGAGAUCCAGAAGAAUUAUACCAAUCACAGGCAACUUGUGGCCAGCAGAUUGACUGUUAGAAUAGGCCACGCUUCCUAGUCACGUGACGAGUCUGACGCUAACUCACUAGACGUGGCAGCACCGCCCCUAAUUGGCCGGCGCUCCUGCACAGAGAGCGCCUGCCCUGUUGCCUGCGGCACUGUCUGUAACAAAGCACGCCUGCCGGCACCGGGCUUAAAAGUAUCUAUCACUGGGCUAGGACAUGUGACCACCAUGCGAUGAAACUGACAUACAGUAGAGGCUAUCUGCCGCCACCACCAAGAGGAAUUCACCGCAUACAGAUAUAUACAGCCCCCACUGAGUUCAAUGACAGCUGAAUAAAUCCACAAGGAGCUCCCCCUGGUGUUGGCGGCAGAAUGCAGCCAAUCAUAUUUCAUUUAUCAAGUCAUAAAAACAGGUCCACUGUAAAGAAUGGUGGCCUUAGACUUUAAUAAAGACAUAAGACAUUUGAUGGAGUGAAGCUUCGGAAUGCCAAAGUGACCAAAUUGUCCGUCAGUGGUAGGCUAGAUAUACCGUAGCAGGAGAGUAGCUGGGGGCUUCUAAAUUAACCUUUUCCCUGGUUGAAAGUAAGUCUAGAAAUGACUCUUGCCACCCCCACCCCUAUAUUAUACUGUAUAGUAUGUUUUAUAGUGAGGAAGUGGCCGUAUAUGCAGAGUCACGCUCUAUUAUAGUGGACAGGAGAUACGGAAACAACCCAUAGAUUAUACCUGUGAGAGACCCUGUAUAUACAGCCACUUCUCCAUCGCAGGGAAAGGACGCAGGACAUUGAAUGUAACAUGCUCCCCUUGGGUGAAGUCCUAUGAGAUAUGAUCAGUCAUCACAAAAAUCACAAUCCAUGUCCCGUAAUGUAAAUGUUACCAUCAUAAAUAAUUCUACCACUGCUCCCUGGUGAUGUGAUAUUUUC